AUGGCGUCUCUCCGCCUCGCCUCUCGACGUCUUCCUAACUUGUCGUCUGCGUCGUCGCGAACGUACGCAACACGCGUGUCUCCGCCCUCGUCCGGUUUGCGUACCGCUACCUAUGCCACUCUCUUCACCGUAUCCGCCGGACUAUUCGCUGUCUAUUACUUUGACUCACGCGCCGCUAUUCAUCGCUACUUCCUGACACCUGCACUUCGUAACGCUCUCGAUGCAGAGACAGGCCACCGACUCGCUGUUCGCUGUAUAGGAGCCGGUCUUAGUCCGAAGGAUAAGCAUGAGGAUGGCUCGCUACUGAAGACAGAGCUAUGGGGAAUAGAACUAUCAAACCCGAUAGGUCUUGCCGCCGGCUUUGACAAGGACGGAGAAGCGAUUGAUGGCUUGUUCGACCUUGGCUUCAGCUGGGUUGAGAUAGGAAGCGUAACUCCAAAACCACAACCUGGCAAUCCAUCCCCUCGUGUUUUCCGCCUGCCGGAGGAUUCAGGGUUGAUCAAUCGUUACGGUUUCCCUUCACUCGGUCAUACCGCCCUCCUCAGCCGUCUCCGUGCUCGACUCCCUACAUUCACCAGCCCAGACUCUGACGCAUCAAAUACACCCGCAUCACUGUAUCCGCAUAAAUUCCUUGCUAUUAACCUUGGGAAAAACAAGACUAGUCCCCUCGAGUCCCCAGAAGACUUCGUCACCGGUGUCAAAGCGUUUGCUCCAUACGCUGAUGCUCUGGUAGUCAACGUCUCGAGCCCGAACACCCCUGGCCUACGCUUACCAGAAACGGUCGCAACUAGAGGCAUGCAGCAAAAAGAAGUGCUCGAAAAUCUGCUGUCCAGUGUCACGAAGGCGCGAGAUGAAGUCUCCACUACUCUGACCAAGGCGCAGAAGCCGAAACUGCUCUUGAAGAUAGCGCCUGACCUCACCGCACAGCAGAUUCAGGAUAUUGCCGAUGCGGUCAUAAACGCUGGUGGUAUUGACGGUGUCAUUGUCAGUAACACGACAAUCGCCCGGCCAGCAUCGCUUCGCAGCAGCAAUAAAUCCGAGAUGGGUGGCCUGUCUGGUGCCCCUCUGCUCCCUCUGUCACUCUCUGCUGUCCGGUCUCUUCGCCCGCUCUUACCUGCGUCUAUUCCUAUAAUCGGUUGUGGCGGAAUUUCCUCGGGAAGCGAUGCCCUUGCGUUUGCUCGUGCAGGAGCCUCUUUUGUCCAGGUCUAUACUUCGUUCGGCUACGACGGUGCUGGUGCAUGUCGAAGAAUCAAGGACGAGCUGGACGAGGUAUUGAGGAAGGAAGAAGGGGGAAAGAGUUGGGCGGAGGUAGUGAAGAAGGCUGUGAACGAGCUGGGUCUGAAGGAGGGUGAGACGGUCAAGGGUAAAGGAAAGGAAAUCGAGGGGGUGGGGAUGUUGAUCGAGCAAGCGAAGGAAUUGAAAGGGUUGCUGGAUAGCCUGGGCGAGAGGAUGGACAAGGAAGAUCAGGAGGCUGUGAGGCUAACUGAAGUUGGAGCAGCUGCUGUGUCUGUGAUUUAG